GGGGGGGGAGAGAGGGACAGACGAGGCGGACAGGAGGAGAGGAGGGUGCCGCCGCUGGCUGGGGGACAUUCACUCAUUGUUACCAACUCGAGGAGCGGCGGAGACCCCUGGAACCACACGUGAAACCGCGGACGAGAUAAAGAUCAUAUUUGGAACAAACCAGGAGGGAGAGUGGUCUUCUCGCUGCACCAGGGCAUCUCCCGAGUGAUGGAUGCCGUCGGCGGCAACCAUGUUGGAUUACUCAGCGACCCUCUUACAGCCACACUGUGAUCUCAACAAGAAGAGUAUGAGGAUCCCUGCGUGAGUCACCCGGAUUUGUUGCCUCCUCCAAGCCAAAAGAGAUUCCCAACAGACUCGUCAUGGAUUUCCUCUGGGCGCUGUCGGUGUCCAUGCUGGCCGUGUGCGUCGCCAUUCCCAUGGAUGCGGCGGCGGGCAGCCACAGCCUGUUCACCUGUGAGCCCAUAACGCUGCGCAUGUGUCAGGAUCUGCCGUACAACUCCACCUUCAUGCCCAAUGCGUUGAACCACUACGACCAGCAGACAGCAGCUCUGGCUAUGGAGCCCUUCCACCCCAUGGUCAACCUGCAGUGCUCGCCGGACCUGCGCAUGUUCCUGUGCGCGCUCUACGCCCCCGUCUGCACCGAGUACGGCCGCAUGACGCUGCCGUGCCGCCGCCUCUGCCUGCAGGCCAAGAGCGACUGCUACAAACUCAUGGACAUGUUCGGGGUCAGCUGGCCCGAGGAGAUGGACUGCAACAGGUUCCCUGACUGUGACGAGCCCUACCCUCGACGUGUCGACCUGCUCUCCGUCUCGGAAGCCACCGAGUCCCCGGCCGCCGUCCAACGGGACUACGGCUUCUGGUGCCCGCGGGAGCUGAAGAUCGAGCCGGAACUGGGCUACUCCUUCAUGGGCGUGCGCGACUGCUCGCCUCCAUGCCCCAACAUGUACUUCACCCGCGAGGAGCUGAGCUUCGCCCGCUACUUCAUCGGCGUGGUCUCCAUCGUCUGCCUCUCGGCCACGCUCUUCACCUUCCUCACCUUCCUCAUCGACGUGUCCCGCUUCCGCUACCCCGAGCGGCCCAUCAUCUUCUACGCUGUCUGCUACAUGAUGGUGUCGCUGGUCUUCUUCCUGGGCUUCCUGCUGGAGGACAGAGUCUCGUGCAACGCUGCCGCUCCUGGCAGGUUCCGAGCUUCGACUGUGACUCAGGGCUCCCACAACAAGGCCUGCACCCUCCUCUUCAUGGUGCUCUACUUCUUCACCAUGGCCGGCAGCGUCUGGUGGGUCAUCCUGACCAUCACCUGGUUCCUGGCCGCCGUCCCCAAGUGGGGCAGCGAGGCCAUCGAGAAGAAGGCGCUGCUGUUCCACGCCUGCGCCUGGGGGAUCCCCGGGGUGCUCACGGUCGCGCUGCUGGCCAUGAACAAGAUCGAAGGCGACGGCGUCAGCGGCGUGUGCUUCGUGGGCCUGUACAACCUGUCGGCACUGCGCUGGUUCCUGCUGGCGCCGCUGGGCGUCGACGUGGUGGUGGGGGUGGCGCUGCUGCUGGCAGGGAUCGCGGCGCUGAACCGGGUCCGCAUGGAGAUCCCUCUGGAGAAGGAGAACCAGGAGAAGCUGGUCAAGUUCAUGAUCCGCAUCGGGGUCUUCUCCGUGCUCUACCUGGUGCCGCUGCUGACCGUGCUGGCCUGCUACCUGUACGAGAGCAGCCACCGGCCCACCUGGGAGACCACCUGGGUGCAGGAGCGGUGCCGGGACUACCACAUCCCCUGCCCCUACCAGGUGGAGAGCACCAGUCGCCCGGACCUGGCCCUGUUUCUGAUCAAGUACCUGAUGAUGCUGGUCGUCGGAAUCCCCUCAGUCUUCUGGGUCGGCAGCAAGAAGACCUGUUUCGAGUGGGCCAGCUUCUUCCACGGCAAAAGACGCAAAGAAGCGCUAACCCUGUCUCCCACUGGCUGUUCCCCCCCACCUCCCCUCCUCCACCGGGCCUCCACCUUCCCCCUCUCCCUGCCCUCCCUCCUCCAACUGACCCUGCCUCCCUUCUCCUCCCCCUCCCUCCCCCCGUCGUCCUCCCCCCGCAGCGGGAUGGUCAACGAGAGCCGCCAGGUCCUCCAGGAGCCGGACUUCGCCCAGCUGCUGCUGCGGGACCCCAACACGCCCAUCGUCCGCAAGUCCCGGGGCACCUCCACCCAGGGCACCUCCACCCACGCUUCCUCCACCCACCUGGCCAUGCUGGAUGAGCCGCCCAGCGGCAGCACCAGCCGGGCCGGCUCGGUCCGCAGCGGCCGGUCCAAGGCCAGCAGCUACCACGGCAGCCUGCAGCGCUCCAGAGACGGGCGAUACACAGCGUCCAGCUUCCGCCCAGUCGAUGACCUGCUCCCUUACGGCAGCCUCCCACGUCUCAAAGACCCGUCGGAGACGCGCCACUGCAGCACGGGUCGGCUGGACUCUCUGUCCCGCCACAGUUCCACACAGAGGCUGGACAGCCAGUCGCGGCACAGCAGCAUCCGAGACCUCAGCUCCACCGCCCAGGCGGUGCUGGCCGCACCCGGCAACGGCAUCCACCGCGUGAUGGAGGAGGACGCCGCCUGAGCCCAGAGCCGCCGAUCCUUCCCUUUAACAUGCUCCUCAGAAUGUUCAGACAGCUUCGGCGUCGACCCCAAGGACUGUUUGAUGCAGACUCGAAGAGACACAAGUGGAACAGGCCAGACUUGUUAUUUAAACCUGCUGAUUUUUCACAGAACAUUCCUUCAUUUAAAGGAGACACAGUGAGGACGAAAGCGAGUCCAGACUUCUGCCUUACAAACCGGUCCAUUAUCGCUUCAUGUUCCCAAUAACGUGUCCUUACUUGUACAUAGCUGCUCCCACAGAUGCGCCAUGUUGUUUGUUUGACUCUCUUUUUGAAUAAAGGUUUUAUAUAAAAGAAGGACAGACGAGUGGUAACAGCCCUCCGCUUUAUUGAAAUACAUCGGAGUCGGGUUAAUAUGAGCUCUGUCCGCACGAGUGCGGCAGCCAGUUUCAUUACAUCGCUUUUGUUUUGACCUUACACCUUAAAUAUUCUUGUGCAAAAGGAAUCUACAUCACCUGUAGUGGGUUAUCCUCAUGAAACACCCAAAACCGUUAAAAAAAGAGAAAGCAAGUCCAAAUAAAACAAACCGAAAAAAAAACAAAUGAUU